AUGAAAUCCAACCAAGAGCGGAGCAAUGAAUGCCUGCCACCUAAGAAGCGAGAAAUCCCUGCCACCAGCCUGCCUUCAGAGGUGAAGCCGGUCCUGCCAAAUGAAAACCACCGUGCAGAUAACCUAGCAUGGCUCCCCAGCACACCCAGUGGCCAGAGUGGCCUGGGGGGCCGGCAUCGACCAGGGGGGAUGUCGUCAGUGGAGGCGGGCUUGCAGCAGGGUUUGCACAAGUCGCUGUCUGCAGGGCUGGACUAUUCCCCGCCGAGCGCACCCAGGUCCGUUCCAGCCUCCACCACCCUUCCCACGGUGUACUCGCCCGCCCUCUCCCAGUCAGGGACCCCCGUUUCCCCCGUGCAGUACACGCACCUGCAGCACACCUUCCAGUUCGUCGGGCCCCAGUACAGCGGAUCGUACACCGGAUUCAUCCCCUCACAGCUGAUUUCCCCAACGGCCAACUCUGCGACUGUGGCGGCGGCCACGGCCGUUGCAACCACUCCAUCCCAGCGCUCCCAGCUGGAGGCUUAUUCCACUUUGCUGGCCAGCAUGAGUGGCUUAAGCCAACAGGGGCACAAAGUUGAGCCACACCUGGUCAGGACGCCUGGACUGAUCGCCGCCGGGUCUCCUCCACCCACCCAGCAGAACCAGUACGUCCACAUUUCCAGCUCUUCCCAGAGCGCUGUCAGAAAUGUCUCUCCUCCAACCAUCCCGGUUCCCCUGCACCCCCAUCAGACAGUGAUCCCACACACCCUCACCCUCGGCCCUUCCUCCCAAGUGGUGGUGCAGUACACCGACUCGGGGGGCCACUUCGUCACCAGGGAUCCCCCCAAGAAGCCCGAGAGCAGCCGGCUGCAGGCGAUGCAGGCCAAGGAGGUACUGAAUGGCGAGAUAGAGAAGAGCCGGAGGUACGGCAUUUCGCCCUCUGCCGACCUAGGUUUAAUCAAAGCAGGCAAUAAACCAGCUCCCCAUCAUUACGAGACCAGGCACGUGGUGGUCCACUCGAGCCCCGCCGAGUAUGGUGUGCGGGAUUCCUCAGGUGUCCGAGCCUCCGUCAUGGUGGUCCCCAACAGCAGCACACCCACGGCAGACAUGGAGGUGCAGCAGGCCACCAACCGCGCGACUUCUCCGCCAGCCCUCCCUGGCACCCAGUCCCUGCGGAUCCCGGUCGGCGGCGCGGACGUCGAGCCGUCGGGAGUGGCGCCUGCCAUCGUCACGUCGUCUCCUCAGUUUGCAGCAGUGCCUCACACGUUCGUCACCACCGCCGUCCCCAAGAGCGAGAACUUCAGCGCGGAGCCCCUCACCACCCAGCCUGCCUACCAGGCCACCAUGGUGCAGGCGCAGAUCCACCUGCCCGUGGUGCAGUCCAUCGCGUCCCCCGCCGCCGCGCCUCCCACGCUGCCCCCCUACUUCAUGAAGGGGUCGAUCAUUCAGCUGGCCAACGGGGAGCUGAAGAAGGUAGAGGACUUGAAAACAGAAGACUUCAUUCAGAGCGCGGAAAUUAGCAACGACCUGAAAAUAGACUCCAGCACUGUGGAGAGGAUUGAAGACAGCCAUAGCCCAGGCAUUGCCGUGAUACAGUUUGCAGUUGGGGAGCAUCGAGCACAGGUCAGCGUGGAGGUCUUGGUAGAAUACCCUUUUUUUGUAUUUGGACAAGGCUGGUCGUCCUGCUGCCCUGAGAGAACCAGCCAGCUCUUUGAUUUGCCGUGCUCCAAACUCUCGGUGGGGGACGUCUGCAUAUCGCUCACGCUCAAGAACCUGAAGAACGGCUCUAUUAAAAAGGGCCAGCCCAUGGACUCAGCUAGUAUCUUGCUGAAGCAUUCAAAGAAUGACAGCCUGGCUGGAAGUAGACACAGGUAUGCGGAGCAGGAAAACGGGAUUAAUCAGGGAAGCGCACAGAUGUUAGCUGAGAACGGUGAACUGAAGUUUCCGGACAAAAUAGGAUUGCCUGCAGCACCUUUGCUCACCAAAACAGAACCCAGCAAGCCCCCGGCAACAAGGAAGAGGAGGUGGUCAGCCCCCGAAACACGAAAACUAGAGAAAUCAGAAGAGGAGCCACCUUUGACUCUUCCCAAGCCUUCUUUUAUUCCUCAGGAGGUUAAGAUUUGCAUUGAAGGUCGAUCCAACGUAGGAAAGUAAAAGUUGUUUG